AUGGCUCAUGUCAACUCACCCCACCCUCCGAAUCACCGGAUUCAGCCGUUGAAGUAUCUCUCCCUCACUUUUUUCGACAUUUUUUGGCUUAAAUUUGACCCAGUUGAGCGCAUCUUCUCCUAUGAGCUCACUGAUUUAACCCCUACUAUGUUCAACACAGAAAUCCUUCCCAAACUUAAACACUCCCUCUCUCUUACUCUCCUCCGCUUCCUCCCUCUUGCUGGCAAACUUACUUGGCCUUCACAUGUCGCCAAACCCAUCAUUCUAUACACUCCUAAAGAUGGCGUUUCAUUGACAGUUGCGGAGUCCAAUAAUAGUGCUGACUUUGAUGAUCUCUCAAGCAAUGAAAUGCAUGAUGCUUUUCUGUCACACCCUUAUGUGCCCAAAUUAUCAACUUCUGAUGUUAAAGUAUCUAUCAUUGCUUUGCAGAUCACUUUGUUCCCAAAUAAAGGGUUUAGCAUUGGUUGCACCACUCACCACGCUGUUCUUGAUGGGAAAUCCUCGAUCUUGUUCAUGAAGGCAUGGGCUCACAUAUGCAAGCAUAAUUCAUGUUUGUUGCCGACUGAGUUAAUCCCUUUUUUUGAUAGAACAGUUGUUCAAGAUCCAGAGGGGAUUGACAUUGAAUACAAAAUGAUCACUCCUAUUGAAUACUUGAACAACUGGUCAAGCAUUAAUCAGGCAGGUGGAGGUUCAGAUUCCAAUGCUAGAAGCUUGAAACCAUUUCCAUCUAAAGAAGUUCCACCAAACUCGGUACGAGCAACAUUCAAGUUUUCCCGAGAAGACAUAAAGAAAUUGAGGAAAAGGAUCCUCUCUCAACUUGACAAGGUCUCUGAUAAAAAAGACACAGAAGCAAUCCAUUUAUCAAGUUUUGCGAUCACACUUUCUUAUGCAUUAGUUUGCCUUGUGAAAGCUAGAGGCCUAAAAAGUGACGAAAAGAUUAAGUUUGGAAUUGCAGCAGACUGUAGGGCACGUGUGGAUCCUCCGAUACCUACAAAUUAUUUUGGCAAUUGUGUUCUUCUUUAUGUUGCUGUUUUAGCAGGAUCUGCAAUGCAAGAUGAUGGGUUUGUCUUCGUUGCACAAAAGGUUAGUGAGGUGAUCAAAGGGAUAGAGAAAGCAGCUCUUGAAGGAGCGAAGGAGAAGGUUAAAAAGCUUAUGGCCAUCGAGCCAGCUGCAAUACCGGUUGGGGUUGCUGGGUCAGCCCGAUUCGAGGUUUAUGGGGUAGAUUUCGGGUGGGGGAGGCCAAAGAACGUGGAGGUUACCAGCAUAGAUAGGACUGGAGCUGUUUCUAUGGCAGAGAGCAAAAGUGAAAGUGGUGGCGUUGAGAUUGGAUUGGUUCUGAAGAAAGAAGUGAUGGAGAUAUUUGAGAAUUUGUUUGUUAGUGGCCUUAAACAUGUUUAAGGUACACUAAUUAGCUUUUUUACUAGUCUUGAGUCUGAUUAGAUUUGCAUUCUGUCUUUAUUAUUUUUCCUAACUGCUUUUUGUUGAAUUCUCUAUUGUGUUUGUUGUUUUGGAGUUUUACUCUUUUCUUUCAAA